UGUGGUUGGCUGGCUCGCCCGCAGCUGGCCAGUCCAGGGUUCUACACUGCUGGAGGAAAUCUUGGGGCUGCGUGGUGGGAGCACUGGGGUCCGGCCCGCGGCACCUUCACGCGGCCACUUGCGGGAGGAAAGGACAAGGAUUUUCCUCCGCUUUCCGGAAGGCCUCCAGUCCCUGCCCCUGCCUGGUGACUGACUGGACUCUCCUCCUCGGUGCUCAUGGAGCCCACAGCUUCUCAGCACUUCUUCCUGCCAGAGCCCCUUCUCUUCUUGCUUCUCAGCUUGCUUCCACCCUUCUCAGCGCAGUUUACCGUCGUGGGGCCAGCAGAUCCAGUCCUGGCCAUGGUGGGUGGAAACACCACGUUCCACUGCCACCUGUCUCCAGAGAAAAGUGCUGAGGACAUGGAGGUGCGCUGGUUCCGGGCUCAGUUCUCCCUGGCCGUCCUCGUGUAUCAGGGUAGGCGAGAGAGAACAGACUUGCAGAUGGAGGCCUACCGGGGACGGACAACUUUCGUGAGUGAAGAUAUCCAGCGAGGCAGUGUGGCGCUGGUCAUACACAACAUCACAGCCCACGAUGACGGCGUCUACCGCUGUUACUUCCAAGAAGGCAGGUCCUACGAUGAGGCCACCAUGCGCCUGCUGGUGGCAGGUCUGGGCUCUGCGCCCCUCGUUGAAAUGAAGGGCCAUGAGAAUGGGGGCCUCCGGCUGGAGUGUACCUCGGUAGGGUGGUACCCAGAGCCCCAAGCAGUAUGGAGGGGCCCUGUUGGUGAGGUCCUGCCGGCCCUGGAGGAGGCUUACACUGUGGGUGCCGAUGGCCUCUUCCUGGUCGCCACGGCUGUGAUCAUCAGAGACUGCGCUGUGAGGAACAUGACCUGCUCCAUAAACAACACCCUGCUCGGCCAGGAGAAGGAAACCAUGAUUUUCAUCCCAGAAUUUUUCACUCCCAGCACGUCCCUCUGGGUAGCAGCUCUGGCCAUCAUCCCUCUGGCUGUGCUCCUGCUCAUCACCGGAAGCAUCUGUCUCAUCAAAAAGCUCCAUGGGGAAAAAGAGGUCCCAUCACUGGAAAAAGAGCUUGAAAAUGAAGAAAAAGAACAUGUGGAAAAAGAGAAAGAACGUCAGAUAAGAGAGCAACUUCAAGAAGAACUGCGAUGGAGAAGAACCCUCCUACAUGCUGCUGAUGUGGUCCUGGACCCAGACACCGCUCACCCCGAGCUCUUCCUCUCAGAGGACCAGAGAAGUGUGAGAAGGGGCCCCUCCCGGCAGAGCGUGCCUGACAACCCAGAGCGCUUCGACUGUCGGCCUUGUGUCCUGGGCCUGCAGAGCUUCUCUUCAGGGAGACAUUACUGGGAGGUGGAGGUGGAAAACGUGAUGGUGUGGGCUGUGGGCAUUUGCAAAGACAGUGUUGAGCGGAAAGGGGAGGCCUUAUUGGUUCCUCAGAAUGGCUUCUGGACCCUGGAGAUGUUUGGGAACCAGUACCGGGUCCUGUCCUCCCCUGAGAAGAUUCUCCCCCUGAAAGAGCGCCUUCGACGGGUGGCUGUCUUCCUGGACUACGAGGCCGGAGAUGUCUCCUUCUACAACAUGAGAGACAGAUCGCACAUCUACACAUGUCCCCGUUCGCUCUUUUCUGGGUCUCUGAGGCCUUUCUUCAGGCUGGGAUCUGAUGACAGCCCCCUCUUUAUCUGCCCAGCGUUCACAGGGGCCCAGGGGGUCAUGGUGCCUGAGUCUGGUCUGAUCCUUCACAGGUCAGGGACCCAUUGAAGCCUCCAGCAUCAAUUCCCUGGUUUCAGAGCCAAGUAGGGGAAGCCCAGACCAUCUCCGCUCCUGCAACACAGCGCCUCCUGCAGGAAAACGGUCUGGUUCCUCUGGUCACAUCUGCGGGCAGAGUCAUCCGCCUGGACACCCUUUGCAAAUCCAGACCCCAUCUCUCCUUCAUUGGCCGGCAGAGUUAAGUAGCUUAUCGGUUUGUAAGCGUGGGGAAGGGUGCAGUGUCAGGAAAACCAGUGCUACCACACCAGCCAAGAUGGAAGUGUGAGACC